AUGCCAACCACAAUAUCGGUUAAAUUAGUAGCUGCAGAAUCUCUUUAUAAAAGAGAUGUUUUUAGAUCUCCAGAUCCAUUUGCUGUCUUAACCAUAGAUGGUUAUCAAACAAAAUCUACUUCGGCAGCAAAGAAAACAUUAAAUCCAUACUGGAAUGAAACUUUCAAAUUUAAUGAUAUUAAUGAAAAUUCAAUCUUAACCAUUCAAGUGUUUGAUCAAAAGAAAUUUAAAAAAAAGGACCAGGGGUUCUUAGGUGUAGUCAAUAUCCGUUUAGGUGAUGUAUUGGGCCAUCUAGAUGAAGAUUCUGCGGCAUCUACAAGUAAUUCAAGAGAAGAAACUAUCACUAGGGAAUUAAAAAGAUCAAAUGAUGGAAUGGCAGUUAGUGGGAGAUUGAUCGUAGUAUUAUCUUCGAAAUCUACUCCUGCAACUGGAACAGCAACAGGGGCUAAUUCUGCAAGAACUGCCACUUCAACUGGAACAGCAGGAUCAAACCGUAGAUCUUCCGCAGCCACAGGCGGAAGUUCUAGUAGGAUACAGGAUUCUCAUUUGAAUAAUGCAAAUGCGCGUACUGCAAACACACCUGGAACUCAUACUCCAAGACCAACUGCACAAGCGGUAGAAUCUACUUUACAAAGUGGCCCAAAUGCAGCGGCAGCAGCUGCUGCCGCUGCCUCUACAAGUGCUGCAACUGGUACUGGUGCCAACACAAGACAAUAUUCAUCAUUUGAAGAUCAAUACGGUCGUUUACCACCAGGUUGGGAAAGAAGAACAGAUAAUUUUGGUAGAACUUAUUAUGUAGAUCAUAACACAAGAACCACAACUUGGAAACGUCCAACUUUAGAUCAAACUGAACAAGAACGUGGGAAUCAAAUGUCAGCAACUACAGAACUAGAAAGAAGACAACAUAGGGGAAGGACUUUACCUGGCUCCUCAACAAACAACAAUGGUAGUGAGACAAAUUCAUCAAAUUCAUCAGUCACUGUUCAAGUGGGUAAUUCUACCACAACUCCUGCAAUCAAUGGUACUGCAGCAGCUGCGUUUGCAGCUACAGGUGCCACUACAUCUGGAUUGGGUGAAUUACCAUCUGGUUGGGAACAAAGAUUCACUCCUGAAGGUAGAGCAUAUUUUGUGGAUCAUAAUACAAGAACAACUACAUGGGUUGAUCCAAGAAGACAACAAUAUAUCAGAACUUAUGGCCCAACAAAUACUACAAUCCAACAACAACCUGUAUCGCAAUUGGGUCCUCUACCAUCAGGUUGGGAAAUGAGAUUGACUAAUACUGCACGUGUUUAUUUCGUAGAUCAUAAUACCAAGACGACAACAUGGGAUGAUCCGAGAUUACCAUCGUCUUUGGAUCAAAAUGUUCCACAAUAUAAACGUGAUUUUAGACGUAAAGUGAUUUAUUUCAGAUCUCAACCGGCGUUAAGAAUCUUACCUGGACAAUGUCACAUUAAAGUUCGUAGAAAGAAUAUUUUUGAAGAUGCUUAUCAAGAAAUCAUGAGACAAACUCCAGAAGAUUUAAAGAAAAGAUUAAUGAUUAAAUUUGAUGGUGAAGAAGGGUUAGAUUAUGGUGGUGUUUCAAGAGAAUUCUUCUUCUUGUUGUCACACGAAAUGUUUAACCCAUUCUAUUGUCUUUUCGAAUAUUCAGCUCAUGAUAAUUAUACUAUUCAAAUUAAUCCAAAUAGUGGUAUUAAUCCUGAACAUUUAAAUUAUUUCAAAUUUAUUGGUAGAGUUGUUGGUUUAGGUGUAUUCCAUAGAAGAUUCUUGGAUGCCUUUUUCGUUGGUGCACUAUAUAAGAUGAUGUUAAGGAAGAAAGUUAUAUUACAAGAUAUGGAAGGUGUUGAUGCUGAUGUUUAUAAUUCUUUGAAUUGGAUGCUUGAGAAUAGUAUAGAUGGUGUUCUUGAUUUAACGUUUAGUGCAGAUGAUGAAAGGUUUGGUGAAGUAGUUACAGUGGAUUUGAAAGAGAAUGGUAGAAAUAUUGAAGUAACAGAUGAAAAUAAAAAGGAAUAUGUGGAAUUAUUUGCACAAUGGAAGAUCGUGGAUAGAGUGCAAGAACAAUUCAGAGCGUUCAUGGACGGUUUCAAUGAACUAAUUCCUGAAGAUUUAGUUACUGUUUUUGAUGAACGUGAAUUAGAAUUAUUGAUUGGUGGUAUUGCUGAAAUUGAUGUCGAGGAUUGGAAAAAACAUACAGAUUAUCGUGGAUAUCAAGAAUCUGACGAUGUUAUUAAAUGGUUUUGGAAAUGUAUCUCUUCAUGGGAUAAUGAACAAAGAGCACGUCUUCUUCAAUUUACUACCGGUACUUCUCGUAUUCCAGUUAAUGGGUUCAAAGAUUUACAAGGUUCAGAUGGUCCAAGAAGAUUUACUAUUGAAAAAGCAGGUGAAGUUCAACAAUUACCGAAAUCACAUACAUGUUUCAAUAGAGUCGAUUUGCCGCCAUAUGAUGAUUUUGAUAACAUGAAGCAAAAGCUAACGUUAGCUGUUGAAGAAACAAUAGGUUUCGGUCAAGAAUGA